GAUCAUCAGUCUAAAUAUUAAAAUAAUAUAAAGAGAAUAAAAAAUUUAGUGACUAAGCCAGUGAGGAAAUUUAAGAAUAAAAGAGCAGAAUACAAAAUAAUAAUGAAAUCUAAUUCAAAGAAUAUUUUGCAUAUUCUAUUUGUAAAUGCUCUUUUAAUUACAAAUAUUCAAAGCUGUCCAAUUUAUUUAACAAUAUCAUUGGAUUCAAUAUUAAGUGAAGAAUCACGUAUUGAAAUAAAUUGGGGACCAAAUUGUAUUGAUAAACCAGAAUGGAUUGGUAUAUUUCAAGAAGAUCCAGCAAUAUCAACUAAACCAGCUAAAGAUUGUAUACGUAAUAUAACAACGUUAUAUGGUAAAUAUGUAACAAAAGUUAAUUUAGGAAAAUUAUAUUUUCCUGGUGGUUGGGAACGUGAUGAUGAUCAAUUACAAUUAGUUAGUUAUGCAAAAGGUAAAUGUUUACCAUUUUAUGUUGCUAGUUUUGCCUAUAAUGAUGAUUUAAUACGUGUUGAAUGUUUAAAAAUACAACCAAAUUGGAUGCGUUUAUCUGAUCAAAAUAUUGGUAAAGUACCAUUAAAAAAUCUUUUUAUACCGGGUACACAUUCAUCUGGUGCUUAUAAUAAUUAUAAUUAUAAAAAUCAUUCAAUUUUGGUACAAACAUUUGGUUGCUCACAAAAUUUGGAUAUUUGGUCACAAUUAGUAUUUGGAAUAAGAUAUUUGGAUUUAAAAAUUGGAUAUCGAGAAGAAACAAAUGAUUUUUGGAUUGUUAAUGAAAAUAUGAUGAUAACACCACUUCAACCAGUUUUAGAUGAUGUUAAACAUUUUGUUAAAGUUUCAGGUGAAAUUGUUAUCGUAGAUUUUACAUCAUUUCCAAUUGGUUUUCAUAAGCAACCUGAACGACAUUCAAUGCUUUUAAAAUAUUUAUUAAGAGAAUUAAAAGAAGUUGCAUUUCGGCGUUCCGAUAGUAUUGAUGCAAUAAAUUCAUAUGAUUUAACUAUGAAUGAUAUGAGAAAGGAAAACAAAAAUAUUAUAAUUACUUAUAGAUUAGAGAAAUUGGCGUCAGGUGAACGCGAAUGCGAUUUAAUAUGGCCUUCGUGGAAAAAAUUCUCAAUCAGAAAUCAAAAUUUAACAAAAGCAUUAGAUUUUAUGAGAGUCUUGUUUACACAAAAAGAUGAGUUGGAAUUGACAAAAAAUAAAGGUUGGAUAUUUGAAGCGAUUACUACAAUUGAAGAAACUUUGAAUUCACAAAAAACUAUCAAAUCAGCUCGUAAUCGUGCAAGUGAACUAAAUUCAAACAUAUUAAAUUUCAUUGGUGGACCUUGGAGUUUAACAGCAAAUGUGGUUACUCUUGAUUUCUUUUCUAGCACAAAUCUAAUUGAUAUCGCAAUUUAUGCAAAUUCACAUAAAGCUUUCACAUAUGCGAAUAAUAAUUUAACAAAAUUUGAUAUAAAAAAUAAUAAUUAUUAUUGAUUAAAAUUAUUGAAGAAAAAAAAAGAGAAACAAAAUAUUAAUAAAAUUCAAAAGAAAAAAAGGUAUUAAAAAUAAUUUUAUAUAUUAUUUUUUACAUAAUGUAUACAGGCGUAUGUACAUACAAUUGAAGUGUAUAUAAAUUU